AUGCAAACCCUCCUCUCCGAUGCCGUCGCCGUCGCCGUCGCGGCGGCCGACGUGACCCCACGCACACAGCCUCAGCCUCGCCGCGUCUCGGUGUCUAUGGCGCGCGCACCCCGACGUGAGUCCGACCCGAAGAAGCGCGUGGUGAUCACGGGGAUGGGCGUGGUGUCGGUGUUCGGCAACGACGCGGGUGCGUUCUACGACCGGCUCCUCGCCGGGGAGAGCGGCGCGGGGCACAUCGACCGCUUCGACCCCACCGGGUUCACCACCCGCUUCGCCGCCCAGAUCCGCGGCUUCUCCUCCGAGGGCCACAUCGACAGCAAGAGCGACCGCCGCCUCGACGACUGCCAGCGCUACGCCCUCGUCGCCGCCAGGAAGGCCCUCGAGUCCGCCGGGCUCGCCCUCGGCUCCAGAGCAAUGGGCAAGAUUGACCUGGAACGCGCCGGCGUUGUCGUCGGCUCCGGCAUCGGCGGCGUCAAGGAGUUCUCCGCCGGCGUGGAGAGCCUCGUGACCAAGGGGCCGAGCAAAAUCUCCCCCUUCAGCGUCCCGCUCGCGAUACCCAACAUGGCGUCGGCUCUGGUCGCCAUCGACGCCGGCAUCGGCUUCCUGGGCCCCAACUACUCGGUCUCGACGGCCUGCGCCACGGGCAACCACUGCAUCCACAGCGCCGCGGACCAGAUCCGCCUGGGCCGCGCCGACGUCAUGCUCGCCGGCGGCGUGGAGGCCGCCAUCGCCCCGGUCGCCCUCGGCGGGUUCGCGGCGCUGGGGGCGCUGUCGCGGAGGAACGCCGACCCCGCGACGGCGUCCCGGCCGUGGGACAGGGACCGCGACGGCUUCGUCAUGGGCGAGGGCGCCGGAGUGCUGGUGAUGGAGAGCCUCGAGCAUGCCAUGAGGCGUGGCGCCCCGGUCCUCGCCGAGUACCUAGGCGGCGCGGCGACCUGCGACGCGCACCAUGUGACCAACCCGAGGCCAGAUGGUCGUGCUGUUUCGCUGUGUAUCAAGCGGAGUCUUGAAGACGCCGGCGUCUCACCGGAGGAGGUGAACUACAUAAACGCUCAUGCAACCUCUUCGCGUGCUGGGGACCUGGCAGAAGCGAAGGCUUUGAAGCAAGUCUUCAAGGACACGUCCCAGAUCAAGAUGAAUGCAACCAAGUCCAUGAUAGGGCAUUGCCUUGGCGCGGCCGGCGGUUUGGAAGCCAUUGCCACCAUCAAAGCCAUAACCACCGGAUGGGUGCAUCCAACUAUAAACCAAUUUAAUCCUGACCCGGCAGUGGAUCAAUUUGACACGGUGCGUGAUGUGAAACAAUGGCACGAAGUAAACGUCGGUAUCUCCAAUUCGUUUGGAUUUGGUGGGCACAAUUCGGUGGUAGUAUUCGCACCGCCGUUCAAGCGCUGACCAUGGUGCUGUGCGUCACACAUCUCUGUUGGAAAACUACAUGUCUCAGGCAGAAGUGAGAAUGCCUCCCUUGAUGUUUUCUUGCAAGUUGCAGGUGAAAGGCACUGGUACGGGCAAUGCAUACCUAGAUGCUCUGUUCUGAGAUGCAUCAUGUAAAACAAGGAGAUGAAGUAGCAUUUUUUUUGAAACGUAGCAUGAAGUAACAUUUAGACCAUGGAGUCAAAUUCUCCCAAACAUCUACUGUAAGGUAGAUGCUGUAUUCCACUGAAAUGAAAGCAUGCUUCCUGCAAUGCUGA